AUGGCGAGCAGACGGCGCCACGUCAGAGUCUGUGUUCCAGAUGAAGACCAGCGCUGGGACCAAGGAGGUCCUGGGGACGUGUCCUUGGCUUCCACCGAGCUGGUCCAGCUGCCUGACUGUGACCUCAAUGGGCUUGAAACAAUCGCUGCUCUGGUUACCUCGGUUCUCCCCUCGCCUAGCAGCAAGGAAAGGCUGGCUCUGGUCCUGGAAAGUGAGGGUUAUAUUCAAAAACUCCUGCAAUUGUUCCGCACUUGUGAAAAUCUAGACAACACCGAAGGCUUACACCGUUUACAUGCCAUUAUUAAAGGCAUGUUCUCCUUUGACAGCAAGCCUCUGUUUAAGAUCAUGCUCUCUGAGGAGUGUAUCAUGGAUGUGAUGGGAUGCCUUGAAUACGAUCCUGCUUUGGCUCCGCCAAGACGGCACAGGGAAUUCUUGAGCCAAACUGCCAAGUUCCAGGACAUUAUACCAAUAACAGACUCUGAACUUAGGCAAAAAAUACAUCAGAUGUACAGAGCGCAGUACAUAUAUGACGUUCUGGUGCCUCAACCAGCCACAUCUGCAGAUAAUCUUUCUACUCUUAAACAUUUUAUUUUCCUCAACAAGGUUGAGAUAGCCAUUGAGUACAGUCCAUCCAAGAUCCGAGAACUUGUAAUGAAGGAAGCAGAGAAGACUGAAGAUGAUGACCUUUUCAUUAAUGUAGUGAUUAAGCAAAUGAUCUGUGAUACUGAUCCUGAGCUGGGAGGUGCUCUGCAUGUGAUGGAACAUCUGCGUACUUUGUUUGAUCUGUAAAACAUGCUGUCCGUAUCCAAUAAAUAUGUAACAUGUGAUUUUCUAAAUUUCUUCUAUAAACCUUAUCUGCAUAACUUGAUAGCACCACCUUUGGCCACCACUUCAGAAGACAAACGUGAAGGAGGUAAUAUAUCCACCUAAAGCAAAAAUUGCCCCAGUGCUGUUCGCUUUAUGAGAAGGAUGAUUGGCCUUAAAGAUGACCUUUAUAAUAGUUACAUCAUCAAGGGAAAUCUGUUUGACCCCGUUGUAAAUGCUUUUCUGCAUAAUGGAACCAGGUACAAUACGUUGAAUUCAGCUAUUAUUGAGCUGUAUGAAUACAUAAGGGUGGAAAAUAUCCCGUCUCUUGUUGCACAUAUAGUCGAAAGGUUUUAUAAGGCACUUGAAUCGAUUGAAUAUGUCCAGACAUUCAAAGGAUUGAAGAUUAAAUAUGACGAACAGAAAGACAGGGAAAGUCGAAGACAGAAUUAUUUGCGUUCCAUACCAUAUGGUAACACACCUCACAGAGGUGCCAAAGUCUUGGAGACAAGAGAUGGCAAGGAACAGUUUGGUAGUAUUCCCACAGGGUUUUCUCUAGGACCAUGGGAGUGA